ACUGUCUUCGGUUUGUGUAUCGGUUGCUGAGCUAACAGCUGCACCAAGUGUAUUUUGAUUGUGUUUUGCCUCCCAUGUGCAGUCAUGAGCUCUGGGGGAUAUUCUCUGCCUUGAAGGAACACUGUAUGACAGCUGGACUUAUAGAUGUAGCUCUUAGCCUGCUUUAGGUGUUUUUACACCGUCUAUAUGUUCUUAGUGACAUAUCACUAUAAAUAAAGAUGAUAUGGGAAUUGGAUUUAAGUGGCUGCAGCUAGCCAUAAAAGUCUCUUGACUCUUAGUAAACAAUAUGAUUGUAUUUCAAUCAAGCUGCAACAAUGACUUGAUUGAUUUGAAGAAUACUGUUACAAAUAACACUUUAACUCUUUAUUUCCCUAAGAAAUUAGCUAAAGACAAAUCCUUAUUAUCUGAUGCAGUAUACUGAAGAGUUGCAAUGUCUUCAGCAGUAGGCUUAGUAACACAUUGAACUUGUGUUAAUGGAGCAACAGCUGCCAGUGUCAGAAUUGGCCCACCAGUCAGUUCUGCUGUAAAUCAGGUCUGACCCAUGACUGAGUACUACGAGGAGGGGGGGCUGCUGUACGAGCAAUCACCUCCCAUGCACAUCAAAGUGGAGUCUCCGGAGGGACCCUUUGGAGGGGGAGCCUCAGAAAACGGCUUCCCCAGGGAGGAUGAUGACUCCGAGGGCAGCUGUGACCAGAGCAGUGGCUUGCCUGGAGGACUCCCCUUCAACGUGGUAGUGGUGCAUCCCAACAUCAUGGCACCCGGCAUGUCCUCAGACGACCUCUUGUCUAUUGAACAAAACAGAGCUAUGUCAGCUGCGCUGGCUGCUGGUGGUGCAGGAAAAAGAAAGAGUCGUUUCAGUGGAGCAGAGCUGGAGGUGUUGGUGUCAGAAGUCACUCGGUGUGAAGGGGAGCUCUUUGGUCCUGCAGGGAGACUCCGGCGGCGGGAGAGAGAGCGCAUCUGGGCAGGCAUCCUAGAGAGAGUCAACGCCGUGUCCAGAGUCCCACGCACACUUCGAGAGGUGAAGAAGCGCUGGGACGACCUAAAGAGACGCAACGGAGGCCGGCUGGCUGAUGCCCGGCACCGCACCUGUUACCUGCCAUCCAGCAGAGGAGCUUCGAUGCUUGGCCGUCCUUCACAGUCUAGCCCCAGGCUUCAGCAUGCCCGGCAAAAGCAAAGCACCAGACCAAAGCCCAGUUUCCCAUGCUUCCCUGACUCUGAUACAGGUGUUGGUGGCGAAGGGUCAGAGAGAGAUGCUUUGGACAAAGACGAAGACAAUCCUGAGCGUGACAAAGAGAUGGGAGAAUCUGAGUGUGAACCAGUAGAGAACAGCAUGGAAGAAAAGUUGGGAUUAGGGCUUGGUCUGGGCAUUGGACCCCCACCUCCUUCAGAACGAUGGCUGCCUCCUUCCCCCCUCUACAGUGCUCCUUUCCUCAAUGGCAGCCCCCAGCCCAGUAGUCCUCAGCCAUCACUCGGAGCACAGCAGGGGCCUCUUGAAGAACCUCCGCGCAGCUCCUGGCUUGAAGAUGAGCUUCGAGGGUUAGGGGAGGCAGCAAUUCAACUGGGAAAUAGGGUAGAGAAGAGCCUGCUGGAGUUUGGGGAAGGUUUCCGACAGGACAUCAGAACACUUGUUGCUUCACAAGAGACACUAGCAGGCAGUCUACAACAAAACAAUGUCCUCUUGCAAAGGCUUUUAGGAGUGCUUGAGGCCCAGCAGCAGCCACAACAACAUCGUGUUCAACAAGCACACCAGACGCAAACAUCGCAACAGCCCUUACAGCCACAGGCCGCUCAGCAGCUACAACACACAGAACCACCGCAGCCUCAACAACAGCGGAUUGAAGCACCACUGCAAACACAACAUCAGCAGCAGCCACUGGUGGUACAACAACAGCAGCAAACGCAAAUACAGCAGCAGCCACAAGUCCCCCAGCAACCAAAUAAUCAGACAACUGUGGCUGUAGUUCCUGCAUCAUCCUCCCCUGAAGAACUUGGCACUUUUCCUUUGGAAGCACCCACAAACACAAACAGAAGUGUGCAGAGGCCCCGGCGAGGAAGAGCUGUUGAUCACAGGCGCAGAAGACGGCGCUGAUGAGAAAGCAUUUAGAAACUCAAAGUGGACAUCAUGCAUAGUUGGUGUUACAAAAAUGUGACAAGAUGUCAGGCUCUUUUUCUAUUGACUGUAUCUCUGUAAAAAAUAUAAUAUAUGAGUUUUACGUCCCACUUCAAAUCCAUCUUGCACUUAAGUUUGUCUUCAGAGAGGACUGAAAUCCAUAAGAAAAUAACACGUGAUAAUAUGGUGGCCUUAAUCAUUAGCUUGGUUCUUGAGAAUAUGAUGAAAGACUUCCUGAAAAACAGCAGCUCUUUGGGUUGACAUUUUCCUUCAUGAGACUGAAAAACCAGACAAGAUAUACUAUAGGAUCUGAUGCUUAUUAUGCAUGUCACUGCACAUGCUUUGCAGCCGAACUGACACUCUUACUAGUUUAGCACUGUCUCAAUUCUCCUGAUUCACUAACUACAUUGUCAUAGAGUACUUGUAAUCUGCAGUUGCCAUAUAUGGUAGUCAAACAGCUAUUGUACUUACCUGCUAAUGUAUGCUUUUGCUUUUUAACAGUUCACUGGAAAAUAAUGUAUUUUCCAGCUUUGAUUGGACAAUAAACUUAGACUGUGUUCUGUUUUGUGUGUUUCGAGACAACAGUGUUACAUUAAGUCUAUCACAUUUUUGGUUAAAAACUGAAAUACCUUCCGGCAUAAACAUCACAGUAGGCAUCAGACUUUAACUCGUAUGUUUCUGGUGGAAUAUAAGAGCAUACAUAAGUGUGUACGGGAUAUUUAUUCUAUUCUUGCAUGCAGUACGAUGAAUGUGUUUGUAGAUAGUCGCAAAGAAACAGCAUAUGGCCAUCAUCUACGUAGUUUUGCACAAUAAAUAUAUUUUGUAGAUAGUGACUGUUCCAAUGAAAUGUAACUAAACUUUAAUAAAAGUCAGACUUGGACUUCAA